CCAGACGGUUUGGGGAUGGACGAAGGCGGAGCUCCUACAACACUGUCCAGUCUUAACUUCUAACCUGUACACCUAGCUGUGUGAAAGUGAAGAGUAAAAUAGAAAAGGGGAGUUCAAAAAUGGAUGGGGAAAAAAGUGAAUGUAGCCGUAAACAUUUUAUGGUAAUGAAUCUUUCACAGACACACAAUGUCAGUCAGUUUCUUGCCAUCCGGCGGCAAACGCAGUGUGUCUGUUUUCAUUCCUGUUUCGACUGAAUCAAAGCCAAUAUUAUAAACACGUCGAGAAUAAGAAUGAAGUUUGUUGCUGCUUACACUGCGUCCAGUCUAUUAGUGAUUCUCAUCGCUGCUGGUCAAACAGCCGACCAAUUGCCGGAGAAUGGACACGAAUCAUCAGCGGCUGACCGAAAUGUGGCAGCGUCUAAUACUCGCAGUGAUUAUUCGGGCAAUGGUGCGGUCGAAGAAGUAGAAGAGCAACUCGAAUCUGAACUCGAUUUGAAAAGAAUGCUACUCUACGUCACACCGUUAAUGGGUAUCUUCCAGAGGAAAAAGUCGGGACGACAGCUGAGUAAGCGAUCGGCCAAAGAGCUGUUUUACCAAGGCCGGAAGCGGGGUGCAGGCCGGCGCCCUCCUCCGAUGAUGUACAAUAAAUAUUCGGAAGAGAUGCAGCAGCCGGAUCGGAGCGGGAGUUACGGGGGCUACUCUUCUUCGUCGAGUUACGGCGGAGGCAGCAGUUACGGCGGCGGCAGCAGUUAUGGCUGUUGCGAUAAAAAAGACGAUCUGCUGCCGAUAUUAGCUCUCUUAGCACUCUCUCUACUUCUUCUGUAUUUGAUUGCAAUUGCAACGACGACUGUCGCCGGUCGGCGUCGACGUCGUCUGGCGACAGAUCCCAAUAACAACGAUCUACUUGAUGAAGAUAUUCAGUCCGAUAUAGAACUGAUGGACGCUCCAACCUGGAUUUCGAUGGUAGAUGAACUAUGGAACUCUGGCGAGGAUGAAUCUAGCGACGCUUGCACUCUCAAGGCCCUUUGCCGCAUGAAUCGACUGGCCCUGGACUCGCCGGGCACGACGGGCUUAGCAGUUUCGCUGUCCAGCGUGCCACUCAGCUACCUGCUUCAUCAUAGACACCAGAAAGGCUUCCUGAGUUACCUGGACGCUUCUUUGAUGGGUCGCUAUGGAGAGAAUUGUACUACCAUCUUCAGUAGCUGCACUCGCCUCAAUUAAUAGGAGUUCAAUUAUUUUAUUUAUCUCUGAUGUUAUACUACCUUUUGCAUAACUAAAAUGCUCUACAAAUGUCCAAGUAUGUUUUGUCGUAAUUGUGUUGAUGGCAUAAUGCAGACCUGAUUAAAAAACACACAAAAUCCUAGAAGCGCUAAGUUACUAUGAAUAGCAAAUUGAUAUUACUCUGUCGUUUUCAAAUAUUUAAAGUUGCGGGUUUUGUUGGCGUGGGACUGAAAUGUGUGUGUUCUUGUGUAGGAAAUAUUAGUAUCACGGAUGUGUGGAUUUAUAAAAGAGAAAUACAUACUGAUGCGU